GGUGAUAUUUGGAAGGAAAGGAAUAAUAGAUUUUGUCUUAAGCGUAACACAAAAUUCGGGGAAUAUUCGAAGAGUCCAUCAAUUCGGCGCUAAGCAAAGGACUCUCACCAAUAAUUGAACUGUAUUCAUAGGAUCUAAUGUAUUUUUACAUACAUAGGACUAGGAAAAAAUUGAAGCCAGAAACACAACACUAACACUCUAAUCAUCCCCAUGGCUUCCACGCCCAGUUUUGCACCUGUUGUGUUUCUAUUGCUCAUUUUUGGGUGCACUGCAAGGCCUUUGUAUCCAUCUUCUAGCAAAGGUGGUGAUGGAAACAGGCAGCCUCUACAAACUUUUCGUCCAUAUAACAUUGCACACCGCGGUUCAAAUGGCGAGCUUCCUGAAGAAACUCGUCCUGCAUACAUGAGAGCUAUUGAAGAAGGUGCAGACUUCAUUGAAACUGACAUCUUAUCAUCCAAAGAUGGUGUUCUUAUAUGUUUCCAUGAUGUUACCCUUGAUGCUACUACUGAUGUUGCAAGCCACAAAGAGUUUGCCAAUCGUAAAAGAACAUAUGAAGUCGAGGGGGCCAAUGUUACUGGCUUUUUUACUGUUGAUUUCACAUUUAAAGAAUUGGAGUCGUUGAGAGUGAAACAGAGGUGUAGCUUCAGGGAUCAACAGUUCAAUGGAAAAUUUCAAAUAAUCACUUUUGAAGAGUACAUUUCCAUAGCACUGGAUGCACCCAGAGUUGUUGGAAUAUAUCCAGAGAUAAAAGAUCCAGUAUUUAUCAAUGAGCAUGUGAAAUGGGAAAAUGGCAAAAGAUUUGAGGACAAGUUUGUGGAGACACUUCAGAAAUAUGGAUACAUGGGUUCCUACCUGUCAAAAGAUUGGUUGAAACAGCCUGCAUUUAUUCAGUCAUUUGCUCCGACUUCACUUGUGUAUAUAUCAGAUAAAACAGACUUGCCCAAGAUUUUCUUGAUUGAUGAUAUUACUGUUCGAACACAAGACACUAAUCAGUCAUAUUGGGAAAUUACAUCUGAUAAAUACCUAAACUACAUAAAGCAAUACGUUGUGGGAAUUGGACCUUGGAAGGACACGUUGGUACCUGUGGUAAAUAAUUAUGAGACAACACCUACUAAUCUUGUUGCUAGAGCACAUGCUCAUAACCUCCAGGUGCAUCCGUAUACUUACCGAAAUGAGAACCUAUUUUUGCACUUCAACUUUAGUCAAGAUCCAUAUUUGGAGUAUGAUUACUGGAUCAACAAAAUAGGAGUUGAUGGUCUGUUUACAGACUUCACAGGAAGUCUUCAUAGAUUUCAGGAAUGGACAUCCUCUAAACAUCAUGACAUUGACGACAAGAGUGCAUCCAAGCUAUUGCAUAAAAUUGCUUUAUUGGUCUCCUCUUAUGAAUGAUCUUAAGAAGUCAAGAUGGGCGUAUAGGUGUUUGGAUUUACUGUUUCUGUUUUCAAAAAGCUUAUAUCAACAUGUACACGAUAGUUUUUUAUUAGUUGUCUAAAAAUUAAGCAAUGUCAAGCAUUUAGUGAGAUAAUACGUAUUGUAAUCUAUUUAAACAUGAUUAGAGGAUUUUUGCUCCUCGGUAAUAAGGAGGUUUCUUUUUUCAAGUAAUAAACAGUAGAGUUCUGCUG